UCCACGUCCAAAUGCUCUAGCCCCGCCCCAAGCUCGUGCUACAGCGCAGGGAAGACGAGGCCGCGAGCUGCCGUCUUGCGCGCGAGGCCCGGCGACGGAGCCGCUCGGAGCGGUCGCGGCCAUGGCGGCGCCGCCGCCGCGAGCGCCGGGGAGCGCCGGAGGACGGUCGCGCUGGCCGCUGCUGCUGUGGGCCCUCCUGGGCCUCUGCCUGCGGCCGGCGGAGGCCCUGGUGGAGGGGCUGUACUGCGGGAAGCUGGUGUGCUACGACGUGCUCGGCGUGGGCCGCGACGCCAGCAAGGCUGAGAUCGCCCGCGCGUACCGGCAGCUGGCCUUGCGCUACCAUCCGGACCGGCAGCGGGAACCCGAUCCGGAUGGCAGAGGAGCCGAGAGCGCCCAGGAGAAGUUCCUGCUGAUCGCUACCGCCUACGAGACCCUCAAGGAUGAAGAAACUCGUAAGGAUUAUGAUUAUAUGCUGGAUCAUCCUGAGGAGUAUUACAGCCAUUACUAUCACUAUUAUUCUAGAAGAUUGGCACCCAAGGUGGAUGUCAGAAUAGUGAUUCUUGUCACUGUUUGUGCCAUUUCUGUAUUUCAAUUCUUUAGUUGGUGGAGUAGCUACAAUGAAGCUAUCAACUACCUAGCAACUGUGCCAAAAUAUCGUAUACAAGCUACUGAGAUUGCCAGGCAACAGGGGCUAUUGAACAGAGCCAAAGAAAAAGGCAAAAGCAGACGAUCCAAGGAAGAAAUCCGCAAGGAAGAAGAAGAAAUAAUCAAGGAUAUAAUAAAAAACAAAAUAGAUAUCAAGGGUGGCUACCAGAAACCCCAAAUCUAUGACAUUCUCUUGUUUCAAAUUAUUUUAGCUCCUUUUUAUCUGUGCAAGUACAUAGCAUGGUAUUUUUGGUGGAUUUAUUGUUUCAAUAUCAAAAGGCAAGAGUAUGGCGAAGAAGAGAAAUUGUACAUCAUACGCAAAUACAUGAAAAUGUCACAAUCUCAAUUUGACACUUUGGAAGAUCACCAGAAAGAGUCUUUUCUUGAACGGCAGCUUUGGAUAAGAGAAAAUUAUGAGCUUUACAAACAGGAGCAAGAGGAAGAGCUGAAGAAAAAAAUGGCGAUGGACCCUCGAUGGAAAAGAUACCGGCGAUGGAUGAGGAAUGAAGGACCUGGAAGAUUGACAUUUAUCGAUGAUUGACAUGUGCAAAACACGUACAAUCGUGUCACAGAUGAUUGACAAAAUUAUUCAUAUCUAAAAUGUUCAGAGUUUAACUGCUGUGUUUCAGCGGUGUCCUAAAACUCAGGAAUUAAUCAGGCAGAAAACUAGUAACAUUUUAUGUUUUUUAUGUAUAUGUAUAAAAAUAAAAGUAAAUAUGUUAAAUAUACAUCAUUGUUUUGUUCCACUCAUGAUCUGGUAUGGAAUUAAAACUCUCUGA